UUUCUCAUUCAGCCAUGAUAUUUUAAACAUUUUGUUUACAUUUUCUGUUUCUAGUUUUUACUAAAAAAUAUUCUCUAGAUUAACUAAUCAAGAUUCAAAAUGGAAAGUCCUCUAAAUUCGGCACAUCUACAAGAAAGAAAGGCUGAAUCUUUCUUAAGUUGUCAUGAGUUUUCUGAAGCAAUCAAAUGCUACCAAAAAGCUGCAGAAUAUUUAAUAGAAGCAAUGAAAUUAACCCAAGUCACACAGGCUCUGGCUUCAAUACAACUUCAGUACGAGAAUUCCCUUCGCCAAGAAAAGGUAAUAAAAGAUAAAUGGCAAAGAUACGAAGUGCAGCAAGAACGACUUCGUCUCGAAAAAGAACGGCGUCUCAAACGAGAAUUACAAGAAAAACGAACUGAAAAAAGCCCGAAAAAGCUAUCAUCAGAUUUGGUCGAUGGCCAGAAAAGUUGCGAGAAGUUGGACACAAGCACAUGUAGUCUAAUUAUUUCAGCUGAAAACUUUUCUGUGUCAUCUCUAAGCUCUAGUACUGAGUUUCUAACAUCGAAAGAUGACAAAGACGAGCUUCUGGAACUUAGAAACCAAGUUCGAGACCUUCGAAUACAACAGCUUUCGCUUACACAAGCACUUGAAGACUCAAACAGAGAAAAUACAAAGCUAAAGAGGACCGUUUCUGUGUUAAAAGAAAUUCUUAAGAAGGAAUUAAAUAUGGAUUUUGACGAGGAUGAAUUGGCAGGGGAUAUCGACGAAGAAAGCAGAGAGGAAAGCAACGAGUUAAGCAAUUCUAUAUCAGGAACCGAAACUAUUAAUUACGAUGUUAUGAACGAAAAGGUUGAAAAAUAUUAACUUUAAAUAGAAUUUCAACCUAAUAAAUCCAAAUGUUGUAUGAACUGCAUGAGUUUAAGGCGUUAUCUAAAAAAUAAACAAUAUUUAUGAAGUUGCUAUGAAAA